CCAUUUUGGCUCAAACAAAGUCAGAAACAUUUUAUCCACGAUAAGUUAUUUUAAAUUUUAUCUAUGAAAUACCGUGUAAAAGUGUGCUGGACGGGACUCCGGUUUCCACGAGUUAACGUUUAAUGCUACUGUAACUUUUUCUUGUCUUUACACCGCGUAUGUAGUUAGCUAAAAGUAAUGACUAAAAUUCCCAGCUGAGCUUUAGUGGCAGUCAAGCUAUCCUGACGUUUGCUACAUUUAGCUUUACUGUUUGUUUGAACCUCCGCAAUGGGGGGCUGCUCCGCGCCAAACUGCUCCAAUUCAACCAGCAUAGGUAAACAGCUCUUCAGGUUCCCCAAAGACCCUGUUCGUAAGAAGAAAUGGGUGGUGAACUGUCGACGUGACUUCGAGCCAACUCCUCACUCCAGACUCUGUCAGGACCAUUUUGAGCAGAGCCAGUUUGAGGAGAUAGCGAGGUCUCCAGCUGGGGGAAAGAAGCUGAAGCCCAAUGCCAUCCCCACUCUGUUCAGUAUUGGAGACCCUCCUUACCCUGCAGUCACUAUUCCAUACAUCUUGCUGCCCAUGAAACCUGAACCAGUGGAGAAGGAGCUGAAUUUCGGGGACCAUGGCUAUGCCAGACGGACCCCUCUGCCCGGCCUUGAGGAGGAGGAUGCAGACAGGACCGCUGAGGACCAGCAGCCUUGUACACAGUGUCAUCUCCUCAAGAAACAGCUGGAGCAGGAGAUGCAGCACACGGCAAGGCUUCAGAAGGAGGCAGAGGAGAUGAAGAAGCGUCUGUAUCGGCUGGACCGGAUCGAGAAGGGUCUCCAGAACUUUUUGUACGAGGACCAGAUUCGUGCCCUGUCUCUCACCAAGCGCUCCAGACGUGCCGUCUGGUCUCCAGAGACCAUCAUGAAAGCACGAAAAAUCCGCUGUGCAGUUGGCACAAAAGGCUAUGAGUACUUACGGGAGCUGGGAUACCCUUUGCCUUCCUACAGGACUCUAUGUAACCGCCUGGAAACUAAAAUCAUGGUAACGACUGACAUGAGCUGUGAGGAGCUUGCAGAGCUGGGCCUGGGGCUCAUGGCCACCUGUGACAGUCCCACAGAAGGUGUUGUGGACAAUGAUGAGGAGGAACUGAUUGGUGUUUUAUCCUGAUUAUAGCGUUUUGUGUGACUUUAAGACUCUAACCAAGGCAGGAAUGUGCAGAAUUUGCUGGCGGAACAUGAGCACACUAUGUGUCCUAUAUUUCAUCUACGAAAGACUUAAGCAUUAAUAUAAAUGUAUGCAUCG